CACCCAACUGCCUGCUCAUCCAGCGGUAAGACUGAGAGAAAACAGCAUCCAGGAACUCAUCAAGGCAUUAUUGCCCCAUGUUUUUGUCCAUGAGUUGGUCAUUUUCAUUAUCUCCUUGAGAAAAAUAGAGGCGUAUUUGUGUUCUAUUUUUAUGGAACAAGAAAACAUUUUCGUGGCACCCCAAAAGAGCACGUUAUCUAUUCACAAAAAACUGCUACUUUUCAAGUUUUCCUAUGGCUGGUCUUCUCUCCACUGAUCAAAACAGAAGUAAUGGCUGGGAAUUAAGUAACAGUAGUUGCCUUUCAACAUGCCCCACCUCUACCUUUCUUCUCUCUCUUUCUCACACCAGCUUUAACUGGUCUCUUUUGUCUUUCCUGGUUUUACUGUUGAAAUUUUACAAAGGGAAGGGUUGUCCUCUUAUGCUUGCUCUCUUUUGUGACAUUCUCUCUGUUUUUUCUUUGUUGGGUAUCUGAAUUUUGUGUUCAUAUGCUAUCUUUUUGGGGUAUAAGAGUUGAGCCACACGUUUUUGUGGGCUGAGAUUUUGUCUGCAACUGAUGAGAGGAUUACUGGACAUAUUUAUAUUGGAGUUUCAGAGACAGAGGAAUUAUCAGAGCCUCCAAUUUACGAUAAAUAUAGAAUGCGUGUGUUGGACGGGUAGUGGACUUUAUGGAGUCGGGCAUGCCCAGACUCCAUAUGCUUGGCUCAGCUCUUUGUAUGCAGUUUGGUGCCAGUGAAGAAGGAAAUGGGUCUGUUAUGGAAAGCUGGUUCUUGAAGCUUGGAGUUGUAUCAGCAUGAAGACUUUGAUCGGUUACCUUAGCUGCAUAUUGGUGUGACGUUUGUGAGGAUAGAGAAAAGAGCUAUACAUGCUACUCAGGGUUAGCUUUUUGGUUGCUGCUUCUGUUGCAGCUUGUGUGGUGCAGUUGCUCAACAGAGGGAAGGUCAAGAAACUUGGCCCUCCAGAUUCUAAGGAUGCAAGCACUGAGAAGCCUAACAAUGAAGAGCUCCAAGAACAAGAGUUUACUGAUACCAAUAAUAGCUCAGCAAAGGAGCAGGAGGAGGCCGAGGAGGAGGAAGUGGAAGAGGUUAAAAGAGUCAGUAGUGUUAUCAGUCCACCUAUGAGCAAUGCUCCUUUUAUGGAUGAUGAAGAUGACAUCUUACCAGUAUUCGAAGAUCUUCUUUCAGGUGAAAUAGAGUUUCCUCUUCCGAAUGAUAUACAUGACUUGAAAGGAGACUCCCAAGCUUUAAAAGAUGGUUCAGCUUAUGAGACAGAAAUGGCCAACAAUGCAACUGAGUUGGAAAGGCUUCGAAACCUGGUUAAAGAGUUAGAAGAAAGGGAAGUCAAGCUUGAAGGGGAGCUUCUCGAAUACUAUGGUCUCAAAGAGCAGGAAGCAAACAUCGCCGAAUUGCAAAGGCAGCUUAAAAUUAAAGCAGUUGAGAUUGACAUGUUGAAUAUAACUAUAAAUUCUUUACAAGCUGAGAGGAAGAAGUUACAAGAGGAAGUCACAAUUGGGGUUGCAGCAAGGAAAGAAUUGGAAGUGGCAAGGACAAAGAUAAAGGAACUUCAAAGACAAAUUCAGAUGGACGCGAACCAGACAAAGGGCCAGCUUCUCAUGCUUAAGCAACACGUCACCAGCCUUCAGGCCAAGGAAGCAGAGGCCUCUAAUAGAGACCUUGAGGUGGAGAAGAAGCUCAAGACCAUAAAGGAGUUGGAGGUUGAAGCUGUAGAGUUGAAGAGAAGGAACAAGGAAUUGCAGCAUGAGAAGAGGGAGUUAACUGUGAAAUUGGAUGCUGCAGAAGCUCGAGUUGCUGCCCUCUCCAACAUGACAGAGAGUGAUAUGGUUGCUCAAGUAAGACAAGAGGUGAAUAGCCUUAAGCAUAUAAAUGAAGACCUCUUGAAGCAAGUGGAAGGGCUACAGAUGAAUCGGUUCAGCGAAGUUGAGGAACUGGUGUAUCUUCGAUGGGUGAAUGCGUGCUUGAGGUAUGAGAUACGAAAUUACAAGAUACCUGAAGGCAAAAUAACAGCUCGUGAUUUAAACAAGAGUUUGAGCCCUAGAUCUCGGGAGCGGGCUAAACAACUUAUGUUGGAAUAUGCCAGCCCUGAUUUGGCCUCAAUAAGAGGCCAAGGCGACACCACCGAUUUCGAUAGUGCCUCAUCCCAUCCAUCCACUCCUGGAAGUGAGGACUUCGAUAAUACUUCAAUUGACAGCUUCUCUAGUAGAUAUAGCAUGACUAAGAAACCUAGUUUGAUUCAAAAGCUUAAAAAAUGGGGUAGAAGCAAGGAUGAUUCUGCCAUGUCAUCUCCAAGUAGGUCGUAUGGGGAAAGCUCUCCGGGUAGGUCAAGCCAUGGGGGACACAAGCAUUCUAUGUCUAGGGGGCCCUUAGAAGCUCUUAUGAUAAGAAAUGCUGGUGAUGGAGUUUCAAUCACUACAUUUGGAAAGAAAGAUGAAGUUCCUGAUUCGCCCGAAAUGGGUAGCCUUCCUCCUAUCCGAACAAGAGUUUCAUCAAGCGAUUCAUUAAACAGUGUUGCAGCUUCCUUUCAUGUGAUGUCUAAGUCGGUGGACGGGGUGAUGGAUGACAAAUACCCUGCAUAUAAGGACCGCCAUAAAUUGGCUCUAGAGAGAGAGAAAGCCAUCAAGGAGAAAGCAGAACAAGCAAGAGCUGAAAGAUUUUCGGAACGCCCAAAGUUGGAUAUCAAGCCAAAGCUUGAGAAACCCAUGAGUGCACAACCGUCAAAACUUCAAAGGUCAAAGAGUUCAGGAGGGGAAAAGAGUGAUUUAAAAGCUAGUGAUUCAAAGGAGCAAGAGCAAGGCAAUGAUGGUAAAGUUGAUCCUCAAGUAGUGAGCAAGAUUAAGCUUGCCCAAAUUGAGAAGAGGGCACCAAGGGUCCCUAGACCACCCCCUAGAUCAUCAGGUGCCUCUUCUAUUCCUACUGCGAAUCCUUCUAGUGGUGUAUCAGUGGCUCCACCUCCUCUUCCUCCUGGUGCACCUCCACCUCCACCCCCACCCCCACUUUCUGGCGCACCUCCUCGACCUCCGCCUCCUCCUGGUUCACUUCCAAAGGGUUCGGGUGGCGAUAAGGUGCAUAGAGCCCCUGAGCUUGUUGAAUUCUACCAGUCCUUGAUGAAGCGGGAAGCCAAAAAGGAUGGUUCAUCAGUGGCUUCUUCAACUUCUAAUACGGCAGAUGUUAGAAGCAACAUGAUUGGGGAAAUCGAGAACCGAUCUACUUUCCUCUUAGCUGUGAAAGCUGAUGUGGAGACACAAGGUGAUUUUGUACAAUCCUUGGCAACUGAAGUCCGAGCUGCUACUUUCAAUAAUAUUGAAGAUGUGCUCUCCUUUGUGAACUGGCUGGAUGAGGAACUGUCCUUUUUGGUUGAUGAGCGUGCGGUUCUCAAACAUUUUGAUUGGCCUGAAGGCAAGGCAGAUGCAUUGAGGGAAGCUGCUUUUGAAUACCAAGACUUGAUGAAAUUAGAGAGACAAGUCUCUUUAUUUGUUGAUGAUUUGGGACUUCAUUAUGAAAAGGCCCUGAAGAAAAUGUAUUCUUUACUCGAGAAAGUGGAACAAAGUGUUUAUGCUCUUCUGAGAACUCGGGAUAUGGCUACUUCACGAUAUAGAGAGUUUGGCAUUCCAGUUGAUUGGCUAUCAGAUUCGGGUGUGGUGGGAAAGAUUAAACUUGCAUCGGUACAACUUGCGAGGAAGUAUAUGAAGAGGGUAGCCUCUGAGCUUGAUGCUUUGAGUGGGCCUGAGAAGGAGCCUACUAAAGAGUUUUUACUUCUCCAAGGUGUACGUUUCGCCUUCCGUGUUCACCAGUUUGCUGGUGGCUUUGAUGCAGAGAGUAUGCGGGCUUUUGAGGAGUUGCGAGGCCGUGUCAAUGCACAAGCGGCAGAAGGCAACAAGCCCGAGUCAUGACGUGCUUCUGCCCUAUCAUAAAUUUUCUUUUUUCUUUUUCACUGUAUAUUUCCAUAUUAAAUUAUUUCCUUGCUUCCCUCUUUACUCUGAGGAAAAAAGAUCGAAUGUAUUUUAUUGAUGAUAUUUGCAGGUGGACGAGUGGUUCUCACUUCAAAAUGUUUCUCUCAUAAAAUCGAUCGUUCAGCGCCAUUUCUUGGGUCUUGCCGAUUUUCUUCAAUGUCCAUACGUGGUGGAUGCAUGUUGAAUUGGGCAGUGUUGUCUAAUUGGAGUGCCUAGCACAUUUUGAAGUUGGCGGGAUAGAAUUUUGUACUUUAAACUCUUCCCUUAUGAAAUAUUUUGAGAAGUAGAAAGAGAGUGCUAAAAUUCCUGAAUUGGAGCAUAAAUGCUUCUUUGUAACUCAUUACAUAUUAGGUUGGACCCCUAGAGGAAGUUUUGUUAUUAAUCCAUCUUGAACUCGUGGCA